AUGUUUGAGAAUAAGACGAAAAAAAGGAGUGUGCAAAAUAAGCAUAAAUAUAUAGAUGGGGAUAAAUUAUCAAAAGAUAAAGACAAGCUUGAUGAAAAUGGUUCUAAUACAGAAAAAUAUAAUAAAAUAGAUGAGGCUUCUAAAAAAGAAAUAAUAAUAUCCUCUAGGAAUUCUGAAUUAAUUGAUAAUAAAAAGAUUAAAGAAAUAAAUGAAAAUGGUUAUAAUAAAUCAAAAAUAAACUCACAUGAUGAAUUCAAUAUAACAAAGAAAAAAAUGAAAAAUAAUAAUGAUAAUAUAAUCUAUAAUUCCCCAAAUUCUAAGAUAAAAGUUGUUUCGAAUAAUAAUUUUAAAGAUAGGAAAAAAGGAAUACAUCAUAAAAAAAGAAGAAGUAUAUAUAUUAAUCAGAUAACGCUAUUUAAAAUACACAAUUAUAUAUACAAAACAUUCGUAUUUCUAUUAUGUUUAUUUAUAGUUAUAUUAGUUCUUUACGCAUCUAUUGAUAUAUCACAAAACUAUGGUCCAAUUAUUAUUUUGUAUAUUAUCAUGUUAGAAUUUGGAAGUAUGCUAAUUUCAUAUAUUUUACUUCAGUUUCCUUUUUUUUAUCUUAUACUUAAAAAUAUGUUUACUAGAACAAGCAAUAUAAAUAAAUAUUCUCAUCAGUAUAGUCCACUUUAUUAUGAAAAUCCAUCAGAUAGUGACGAUAAAGAUUCGAUAGAUGUAAAAAGAAGGGAAACAAAAAAAAGAAGAAAGACAUUUGGACUUUUUAAUUUAUACAAUAUUGAUAAUAAUAAAUAUAGCAUUAAAAAAAAAAUUUUGUCAACCAAAUUGAAAAUAUAUAACAAAGAAGAAAGUGAUAAAAAUGAGCAUGGAAAUUUAAAUCAUGCUUUAAAUACAAACUUAUCAAAUGCAAAGAGUAGAAGUGCAGAUGAAGCUGAAAAUUACAUAAUUGAAGAUCCAAAUAUGAAUCAUAAUGAUCAAAAUGUGGAUAAUAACAGUAAGAAAGAUAAUCAAUCUAUCAAAAUUCGAAACCAUAAAAGAGAAAAUAUAUAUUUAGAUGAUUGUAAUAUGUGGAUAAGAAAUAGUAUUAAAAAAUCAAGGACUAAAGGAAAUUUUAAUUUAACUAGAUCAUUAAGUUUUAAUAUAAAAUUAAGUGAAAGUAAUAAGGUGAUAUUAAAUGAUUCACGAAAUAUAGACAAUUUAAGAAUAUAUUUAAAUCAUAGAUCUAGUAAAUAUGAAAAAAAAAAAAAUCAAAUAAAUUCCCUAAAAUUAUUUGCACAUAAUAAAUAUGCACCAUUAACUUUUUCCACACCUUAUAAAUAUAGUGUCCCGUCAGAUAUCUUUAAAACAAAUACAGAGGGAUCAAAAAACUUAAGCGCAGAAAUAUCCGAAUCAAGUGAUGAUGUAAAUGGCUUACUACAUAAAAAUAACAAUAAAUCAUAUAGCGAAGAAAAAGAUUCUUCCUAUAAAAGAAAAAAAGAUAAAGAAUUUUAUACGGAUAAAAGUGCAAUACUUUUUAGUAACAAACAUACCAAACAAUAUGUACGUAAAAAGACUUUUAUGUAUGAUGACCUUGAUAAUUUAAAUAUAUAUAUAAAUAAAAAACACAAUCAAAAGAAUAAAAAAAAAAAGAGUAUAUUUUGUAAAAUAAAAGGUUUUAAUAAAAUAAAAAAUAUAUUAUAUUUUUUUGUUAAUUAUAAUAUUAAAUCCUCAAAAACCCAAAAUAAUGUGUUACUAUUCUUUAGAGGUCUAACCUUAUAUAUUAAGCAUCAGUUUAUACAACAUUUAUCUUAUGAGCCUGUAUGGAUAAUUGCAAUUUUAAUAAGAAUUAUUUUAUGGUGUAUUGUAUGGUUAUGGGCUGCUGGUUAUAUGACAAGACCUCCAAAAAAUUAUAAAAUUAAUGCAUGGAAUAUGAAAAGCAUACCACCAUUAUAUGGAUAUAUUGAAUGCACCUUUCAAUGGUGUGGUGUGUUAGAUUAUUUAUUUGGUUUAUAUUUUUCGAAUAAUAAAUUAAAAUAUAUUUUUUCGUUUUUUUCUUUAAUUGAUUUUAUAACAACACCUGUUUCUUCUUUUAUUAUGAAUUUUGUGUGGAAAAAUGAUUAUCACCAAACAUAUUGGUUUUUAAUAUUAGGGCCUUUACGAUUUUUAAGAUUAGUUAGAGCAGAAAGUACAAUGAGUUCGUGUUUUUUUUGGCUAAGUGAUGUCAAAAUAAUUAUUAUUGGGAUAAUUAUUUUAUCAUUGGCUAUAUUAUUUACCUUUUCAGGAAUUAUGUAUAUAUUAGAAGCCCCUGACAUUGAAAGACAAUUUAUAUCUCCAUUAGAUUUUGUGUAUUUUGGAGUCAUUACUAUGUCAACAGUUGGUUAUGGUGAUUAUACCCCAGUCACACCUGCGGGGAAAUGUUUAACUAUGUUUAUAAUAGUAACAUGUUUUACAUUUGUAGGAGCGCAACUUAAAAGAUUAAAAGAAGCAAUGUUUAGUCCUAAAACGAUUAUGGGAAUAAUACCCAAACCUGAUGAUGAUUAUAUUUUAAUAUUAGGUCCUGUUAGUCCUACACAAUUAUUAUAUAUAUGUAAAGGAAUAAAUAAUAGUUUUCCAAAUUCAGUAGAAUCUAUAUUUUUAUUUACCCCAUUACCUGUUAUUAUUUAUCGAUAUGUUUAUGGAAGUAUUAUUAAAAAUACUAAUAUAAAAAUAUGUAUAAAUGGGGGUAAUGAGUGUUUUAUAUGUCCUAGUAUUAUAUAUGAUGCUGUAAUUAAUGCAAGAGCAUUAUAUAUAUUAAAUAAUGUAGAUUCAGAAAAAUAUACAUUGUUAAAUCAACAAAUAUUUUUAGCUAGCAAUAAUUUUAAUUUCAACAACAAUGAUAAAAACCAACGAAUACGACCAGAAGAUAUUUUACACAAUAAUAUUAUAAAUAAAUUUACAGGGGAUAAAAAAAAGACAUGGAAAUUUACAGAUAUUUAUUCAGAACAUAAAAAUCAAAUUAAUAAAAAUAAUAUGUUAAAUUUAGAAAUGAAUAUUAAUGUUAAUGAUUCACAUAUGAUUAGGGAAAAAGAUGAUCAAGAAUGUAUAUUAAGAUUUAUUGGGACUUAUAAUAUUUCCAAUGCUCUUAUUCCUAUAACUGUUCAAUUAUCAAAUAAUACUUAUGAAGAAUUAAUCAAAUCAAUGAAUGUGUAUAAUUAUAUAAGUAUAGAAGAGUUAAAAUAUGCAUUACUAGCUAAAAGUAUUAAUUGUAAAGGAUUAUUUUUUUUAAUUAUUAAUUUUUUUUAUAAACCCAAAGCGGUUAAAAGUUUAAAAAAAUAUAUUAUUGAUUUAAGAUUAUUAAUGUAUAAUAAUAUUUUAAAAAAAAAAAAUCAUAAAAAAAUUAAUAGUACUAAUAUUAAAAUCAAAAAUUUUAAUGAAUUAUCUUCUUCACAUUCUGAAAAUGAAGUCAGCGAUACAAGUAGUAUGCUCAAUUAUAAGACGAAAUCACGUGAAAAUUAUAAAAUAGGAAAAGGAAUCCAAAAUAAAUUCAUAAAAAAUCAAAAUUAUAAUAUUAAUUCUAUUUAUUAUGCAAAUAAUGAAAAUAUACACAAUGAGCAAAAUAAUAGUGUUAAUGAUAAUGCAUUAAAAAUAAAUGAAUGCGAAAAUGAUGAUAAUCUUAUUUACAACGGUUAUAGGAAUACAUAUGGAAUCAAUAAUAAUAUCCAACAUUAUAAAAGUAAUUCUUCUAAAAGUUUUUACAAUAAUAAAAAUAGUGAUAAUUAUAAUGAAGGAAAUAUAUCAUUCUCAAAAACGGUGGGUAGUAUGAAUUCAUCACAAGAUAUAUCCUCUAAAAAUUAUUAUAAUAUAUUAGAAAAAAUAAGUUUAAAUAUGUAUUAUUAUUUAGAAGGAUUAAAAUAUAAUAUUUAUAGGUUUCAAUUUCCUGAAUGUAUGAGAGGGUUUUUAUUUCAAACUGCAUCUGAAUAUUUAUAUCAAAAACAUGGUGCUUUUCUUAUUGGUAUUAUAACAAUUAAUAAAGAAAUAUUUUUAAAUCCUAUUGAUUAUAUUAUUGGAGAAGAAAAUAAAUAUUAUUACACUUCUGCUUUUUCUGGUAUUAUACUAACUACUAGCUUAGACAAUUUGAUAAAAUUGUCUUCUAUAAAAUCUAUUUCUAAAAAGGUUUCAGAAUAUAAUCAAAGAAGAAUAGAUGAACGAAAAAAACGAUAUGCAAAAAAUGUCGUCAGUACUGAUGGGGAAAAUGGAUAUAACAAAGAUUUGGAACUUGGUGAAAAAACAAAUAAAAAUUAUGAAAAUAUAGAAAAAAACAAAAAUAUUGAUAAAUGGCAAAAUAGUAUAAUAUCAAAACAAAAUACAUUAACUAUGCAUAGAGAAAAUAAUAAAAUAAACAAGUUGGAUAAGUCCAUUGAACAAAAUACUAAUAUAUAUAAAAUUAAUGAUAAAGAUAACAGUGAUAAUAAUGAAGAUCAAAAUAGUAAAAUUAAUAAAAAUAAUUCCAAUUUUGAAAUGGAAAUAAUAUCAAAGAAAAAUAAAUUAAUAUUAUAUAAUUUUGUCUUAGGAAUAUAUGAAGUAGAUAAUUAUGUUUCAGCAUAUAGAGAUAUUUUUGAUGAUAAGAAAAAACCAUUGUUACUAAUAUGUGGAUGGCCAGAUAAUAUUCAUAUGCUUCUUAAGCAUUUAAAAAUUAAUAUAUACAAAACAAUGAAAUAUAAAAAAAAAAAUAGAACAAUACAAAACGGAAAUGAUAAAUAUAACAAUUAUAGAUCAUAUGGUGAUCGAAUGAAAUAUAAUAUAAUAAUUUUGUCAAUACAUGUUCCUAAAUUUAAUUAUGAAAAUGAUCUUUUAGAUUUUUCAAAUAAUACUGCAUUUAUAAGAGGAUCCUCUAUGGAUAGUACAAAUUUAAUAAAAGGUGGUAUAUUUUAUGCCAAAAGAAUAAUAAUUUUAAAUUCGAAUCAUAGCUUAUUUGUAGACAAAGAUGCAUAUAGAAUUGAUAAUGAAGUUAUUAUUAUUAAAAAUAUUAUAUACCAGUUAUAUAAUAAUAUAUUUAAAAAUAAAAAAAAAUAUUUGGAAAUAAUAAAAAAAAUAUUCAAAAAUGAAUACAAAGAUAAGCAUAUUAAUGAAAAAAUCAUUUUUGAUACAAAUAAUAAUAAACAUGAUGAAUUUCAAGAUGAUAGUUACACAUCAAAUAGUGAUUCUGAAAUUAAAAUAGUGAAUAAACAAAAAAAUAAAAUAAAUUAUAAUAUUUUUAAUGUUAAUAAAAACCCUUAUAUAAUUUGCUUAAUUAAAAAUUCUGAAAGUUUAGAAUAUAUAGACGGAAGUAUAAAUUUGUCGUAUGAAAAUUAUAAUGAUAAUGAAAAAAUGAAUAAGAUUUGGGAAAAUUGUGGCGAAUAUAUUUACACCUUUGAAUUAGUAUCUGCAAAUAUUUUUGUUGAUGAAAUGUUGCAUAAUUUAGUUUCAUUUUCUUUACCAAUAAGUAAAUAUGCAAUUGAAUAUUCAGUAAUAUAUUCAUUAAUAGGAAUUAAUAUAAAUGAAUAUUCAAAAAAUGUUAACAUGUUUCAUAAAAAUUUAAAACUAAGUACAGGACAUGUCCUUAUAAUACCAAUACCUUCCUAUUUUUACAAAAAACCAUUUUAUAGAUGCUUUUUUUAUUUACUUCAUAAGAAAAAAUAUUUAUGUAUUGGAAUUCUUCGAUAUAUGAACAUUUCCCCAUUGCGCAAUAUUUCAAGAAAAUUAUUUAUUCUUUCAUGUCCAUCCCGAACUAUGAAACUUGAACAUUAUGAUCAGGCAUAUGUAAUUGCUUAUAAUACUGUGUAG